AUGGCGUGUGGUCGCCAUAACACUCCAGAACGACGGGAGUUUAAGCUCAUAACAACCAAGAUGAGUUUCGAAGAUAUAGAGAUAAUCUUUUUGUACGAGCCAAGGUCUUUAUCCGAGAUUGCCAUGUCAACAUCCGACAAGGGGCCAUGGAUGUUGAAAUGUGUAAAAGAACGUUCAGAAUGUAACAACGCUGACCGCGUUAAGCAGGCUAUGGAGUACACGAAACUCUACAUUACAUUAGCAGUGCUCCGAUCGGCUUUACUCUGGGAAAUGUAUGCAUUAGUACAGACAGUUCCGGACUUUGAUUGGUCAGCAGACGCCAUUCAAAGGGUCGCACUAUUGGAAGAUAAACAUGACAAAGAUUUCAUUGAAUAUUUAACUAAACCCUAUUAUUCCAAGGCUGUUUUCUUUGCGUACUUUAACCCUUCUCAGUGGCCGGUAAUUAUAACAUUUUUGGAAAAGAAAGGUCUUUCUUAUCAAAGAUAUGACCAUCUGGCUCAUGGAUCACAUUCUCUGAGAACUGAAAAAUGGCGAAAUCGGAACAUGUUCAUGUGGGACGAUAGGUAUGGGACAAUAGGUGGAACAGAUGGAAAUGUAGAACAAGCGAGCAGGUUUUACUUUGAUCCAAUACAACCGAAAGACAAUAUUUUUCAUAUCCGAUCCGUAAAGUGGCCAAAGUGGUUUGUAUUUAUGAUUGACGAAGAAGAAGCAUAUUGUUUUGGUACUGAAGUUCCUGGACCUGAUGGGGAAUGGAAAAUUGUAAGAUUUGAUGAUGGAAAAUACAUGCUUUCACCUCGUAAAUGGCCGGAAUGGUUCAUUUAUAUGAUUAAUGAUGACUGUGCCCUUGUUAGAGGAGUGUUAAACGAUUCAGGAAUACAGGGGCAUUGGAUCAUCGACUAA